AUGGUCGCCUACAGCAAGCCCCAGGGCUUCAUGAGCAUGCUGCUCACCGUUUUCGUUCUUCUACAAGUUACUGCUGCCUUCUCGCACAAUGCACACUCGCACCCAGCCCACCGGUCACCAGCUGCCAUGGAUGCUCACCUCCAAGACACUCGUUCGAUGCUCACAGCACGUGCCGGCAGGGUCACUACCAAGGGAGCCCCUGAUGGCCAGUACCCUCGUCUGGAGAUUCGCGACCUGAAGAAGAAUGCCGACCAGUGGAACUUGUUUCUCUUGGCCAUGGAGAGGUUCCAAAACAAGCCCAAGACCGAUCCCAUGUCCUACUACCAGAUCUCUGGUAUUCACGGUCGUCCUUUUGUUCAGUGGGACAAUGCCGGCCUGAAGCACACCGGUGGAUACUGCCCACACAGCCAAAACGUCUUCGGUUCCUGGCACAGGCCGUACCUUGCCGUCUAUGAGCAAGCUGUAUACCUGAACGCUCAAGAGGUCGUCGCAUCUUUCCCUAAGAAUCAACAGCAGCGAUGGCAGAAGGCUUUGACUGGUCUGCGCAUUCCCUACUACGACUGGGCUGCAGAGCCCCCGCGUGGCGAGGCUGCUAUUCCGACGUCCAUGCGUGACCAGACUGUCAGUGUGACAAAGCCCCAGGGCAAGGUCACCAUCCGCAACCCGCUGUACUCGUACACCUGGGGCGCCUCCCUUCCCAGUGAGAUGGGCUGGGGCCCUAGCAAUGGUUUCGCGACCACUCUUCGCCGUCCCGUCUCGAACCCCACUCGCAGCAACAACAACGCCGUGAACGCCAUCUUUGGUCAGGCUCGUGUCGGGUGGCGCCAGCGUAUCUUCGCCAUCUUCUCCAGCAAGCAACCCUGGGGUUACGCAUCUACGGCUGCCUAUGGUGUCAAGACGAGCCGCAGCAACGCCGACAGCUUCGAGUCGAUUCACGAUGACAUUCACGGCACCGUUGGUGGUACUGACGGACACAUGGGAUACCUCGAUGUUGCUGCUUUCGAUCCCUUCUUCUGGCUGCACCACACCAACAUUGACCGUCUCCUCUCCAUGUACCAGCUCAUCGUUCCCAACACCUACGUUGUUCCCGGGAAGGUCAACCGCGACAUGGCUCAAUGGAACGCCGGUCAGACGACGGAUGCCAACACCCCUCUUGUUCCCUUCACCAAGGACAACCGCGGCGGCGUCUACUCUUCCAACGAUGUCAAGGAGACCCGUGUGUUCGGAUACUAUUACCCUGAGACCCAGUCGCGCAAUGCCAAGCAGGUCAUCCAGGCUGUUAACAAGCUUUACGGCAUGGGCGAGCGCCAGAUGUCCAAGCGCGACGGUGAGGAUGCCGCUCCUAUCUAUCCUGGUCGUCCUUUCCAGGCUGGUGACUACGACACUGUUCUCUCAGUUGUUGGUGACAAGUACGCCAUGCCCGGAUCGUACCAGGUGCACUGCUUCCUCGGCGCGCAGCCCGCAAACGGCACCGCUCCCUCCCACCUGCCCACUGGCCUCGUCAACGGCACUGCGCCCACUGUGAAGCCCACUAACGGCACUGCUGGCAACGGCACUACUGGCAACGGUACCGGCAACUACGAGUACGGUUUCGACUCUAGCUACGUUGGCUCUCACACUUUCCUCGGAGGCUCCGUCGCUGGCAGCGGCAACGGCACUGCUCCUACUCUCGUCGAGGGUUGCAUCCCGAUUACUGCUGCACUCCAGGAGAAGCAGGCCAACGGCGAGCUUGCCUCCCUGCACCCUGACCACGUCGAGCCAUAUAUCAAGGAGAACCUGAGCUACAAGAUUAUCGGUCCCAACGGCCAAGAAUUCGUUCCUGGGGACGUCGCCAACUUUCACGUCCAGGUCAAGUCUUGCGAGGUCCAGCCCACCACAAGCGACGACGAGCUCCCUGAGUUCAAAGACUACAUUGAGCUUCCUCGUGCUCACCUCCCCGCCUCCACCCCGUGGACCUACACCCCUGGUCCUCUUGACACCACGCCCGACACCCCUGCCGAGACUCCGGAGGGCUACUGUGUCAGCCAGCAGACGAUCCGCUACGUCGACCCUGCAGGCAACUUCCUGUACGAGGAGGUUACCGGCAUGUAA